AUGGGUGACCUGUUCAGCGGCCUCAACGACGGAUUGCUCAGCCGUGCGGAGGCGCUCGCCGCUGUUGAUAUAAGUAAACAUCAGUCCGGACCUCAGCCAGGGCCGCCAUUGCCGCAGCUAAAACAUGACAUGGUCUACCAUCACGGUGUAGGAGGACCACCGUCACAUAACGCCCGGCCGCAUCAGAUGGGCCAUCAUGGAAUGGAAGGGCUCGAUAUGCUUGAUCCGUUGACUUCUUCGUCUAUGACAACAUUAGCUCCUAUGGGUGAAGCAGCGCCUCCACAUCAUCAGCUACAUGGGUACGGUGCAAUGAACCACGUUAUGAACCACCAUCAUCACCCAGGUGGCUUAAGUCACGCUCCGCCUGCUCACUUAGGUCAUCCAGCGGCUGCCCUUCAUCCGGAUACUGAUACAGAUCCACGAGAAUUGGAAGCAUUUGCGGAAAGGUUCAAGCAACGUCGAAUUAAGCUUGGUGUUACACAAGCAGAUGUUGGUAAAGCUCUCGCAAAUCUGAAACUACCAGGCGUAGGAGCUCUCUCUCAGAGUACAAUAUGUCGAUUUGAAAGCUUAACCCUAAGCCACAAUAAUAUGAUAGCCCUGAAACCAAUUUUGCAAGCGUGGCUGGAGGAAGCAGAAGCGCAGGCUAAAAACAAAAGAAGGGAUCCAGAUGCACCCAGUGUACUUCCAGCUGGUGAAAAGAAACGAAAAAGAACAUCUAUAGCAGCUCCUGAAAAACGAAGUUUAGAGGCAUAUUUCGCCGUACAACCUCGACCAUCAGGGGAGAAAAUCGCCGCGAUAGCAGAGAAGCUAGAUUUGAAAAAGAAUGUCGUUCGCGUAUGGUUCUGCAAUCAGAGGCAAAAACAGAAACGUAUGAAGUUUGCGGCGCAACACUGA